CCCUUCUUUGCUGUCCUCCACAAGAACCAUUCUGAUUCCGCUGGGCUCCUUCCUCAUUCUGAUUGUGCUGCUCCUGGCCUUGCUGCGGAUGGAGAGAGUGUGGGUGGUCUUGAUGCCCAGAAUCCCCAACCCCAGCAAGAAGUUUGAGGAUCUCUUCACUGCCUAUCAAGGCAAUUUCUCAGAAUGGGCUGGGGUCCCCAAAGACGUGGUGGAGACCUUCAAGCCCAUCUAUUAUGAAAACAUCUGCGCCAUCACGGAGCUGCUGCCCAGCGGAGGCUACCUGUCUGAAAGCAGCGAGCCCCCGGCCAAGUGCGGAGAGCCAUCGGACGUAUUGCCAGACCCUCCUCCCAAGGCCAAGCCAGGCCCUGCAGAGGUCACCACCUGAGUUUGCACCGGGAGCCCGCAUGGAGGGAGGGGGCCGCUGCCUCCAGGGCCCCAAAGCCCCCCCCCACCUGCUUGUAACGGGACGGAAGAGAAGGAAGAACACAAGGUGACCCCACUGGAAGAACCUCCUGCAAGCGCUUAAGCUGAGCCCCAGCUGAGCUUUCCCCUCCGUCUCCCAUCACUUAUGGGCCAGUAUUCUUCUGCAGGAAGGGAUGUCUGUGUGUGUCUGGCGUUGAAUUUAUCUUCAGCCGUGUCCUCCCACCCAGGCGGCCUUGGCUUCCCACUGGCCACUCCCGCUUUCUCUCUUGCUGCUCACCGCGUGGGUGCGUCUCCUGUAUUUGAAUAAAAAGGCCCUCAGUGUCAUCCCGCCUCUUGCCUCCUCCAUCGGAGCCUUCCAGGGGGUCCGUUUGUAUCCCGUCCGCGCCAAUCUGGGUCCCAGCUUGAGGGUUGAGCUGUUGAGUCUCGA